CUGGGAGACGGAAAAGGCCCGGGAGUUUGCCUUGGGAAGUGUCCCAGAGGCGAAGGCGGCGCUCGGCGAGCGGAGGGCAGGCGCCCUGGAGCCUGAGCAGGUGCAGGAGCUGUAGGCCCGAGUAUCUCCUGGUGGUACUCUCAGGAAUGUCUUCCUUAAGUGGGAAAGCCCAAACAGUCCUGGGCCUUGUUGAGCCGAGCCAGCUGGGCCGCACCCUGACCCAUGAACAUCUGACCAUGACCUUUGACUGCGCUUACUACCCACCUCCGACAUGCCAUGAGGCUACUUCUAAGGAACCCAUCAUGAUGAAAAACCUGUUCUGGAUUCAGAAAAACCCUUAUUCUCAUAAGGAGAACCUGCAGUUGAAGGAGGAGACAGCGGCUGUAAGGGAAGAGCUGCUGCAUUUUAAAGCCCAGGGUGGAGGGGCCGUGGUGGAGAAUACAACCUGUGGCAUCGGCCGGGACAUGCGGACACUCCAGCAGCUUGCGGCGGAAACUGGCGUCCACAUCAUCGCUGGAGCCGGGUUUUACAUAGACGCCACUCACUCCCCAGAGACCAGAGCCAUGUCGGUGGAGCAGCUUACUGAUGUCCUUAUUAAUGAAAUUCUCCAUGGAGCUGAUGGAACCGAUAUCAAGUGUGGUGUCAUUGGAGAGAUUGGUUGCUCCUGGCCUUUGACUGAGAGUGAGAAAAAGGUCCUUCAGGCAACAGCUCAUGCCCAGUCUCAGCUUGGCUGUCCUGUUAUUGUCCAUCCUGGGCGGAAUCCGCGUGCACCAUUUCAGAUUAUUCGAGUCUUGCAAGAAGCAGGUGCAGACAUCUCCAAAUCAGUUAUGUCACACCUGGAUAGGACUAUACUUGAUAAGAAGGAGUUAUUGGAGUUUGCUCAGCUUGGCUGUUACUUGGAAUAUGAUCUCUUUGGUACUGAACUCCUUAAUUACCAAUUCAACCCGGAUAUUGACAUGCCUGAUGAUAACAAAAGAAUUAGAAGGGUGCGUCUCCUGGUGGAAGAGGGCUAUGAAGAUCGAAUUCUGGUGGCACACGACAUACACACAAAGCACCGGCUGAUGAAAUACGGAGGUCAUGGCUAUUCUCAUAUACUCACCAACAUUGUCCCUAAAAUGUUACUGAGAGGUAUCUCUGAAAAUGCUCUUCAUAAGAUACUCAUAGAGAAUCCUAAGCGAUGGCUAACUUUCAAAUAGGAUGGUUGCUGUUGAAUUCAAGCUGUGAGUAUAAAACUUGUGGAAAACACUCAGUGACUGCAAAUCCACUGUGAGAUAUUAAUCAGAGCUAUCCAGGACUAAGAACUGAUUACUUCCUUCUUAUGGGAAGAGUUUGCCUUCUCUGAAACUGGCUAACAAGUAUACCUGCUCCUCUGGGAAGUUACUGAGGGUCAUUGUGCCCUAUUGUUCUACCUUAGCAAAAUAAAUCAAAAGGAACCCAUUUCUAAAGGAUGAUUUAAAGUCUACAUCCCCUAAAUGGAGUUCUUGUUUCUGGAUCCCCCCCCCAAUCUAUCAGCUGUACUACUUGAGAAAAUGUUAAAUGUUUCUAGUUAAAUUACCCCCUUCUGGAGCAACCUAAUGUUUGUCGUAAUAUUGAUGAUCCUACUAAUUAUCCUGCUGUUCUUUAAUUAAUGCUUAAUGAAUAAUAUGGCACUUUAAAAUAGCUUCAGCAACAAGAGAAGUUAAAUCUUGAGAUUUUCUUUCCCCCAAAGGAUACAGUAAUAUAAUUACAAGUUCACAAUGAUAAAAAUAUUUUGGAAGAUAAAUUAGAUGCUAUCCAACUAUCUGCAUCUACUAAAUCAGUUUUGAUGCCUUUGGCUUUCUGGUAUCCAUUUUUUGCCGUAAAUUGUGUUGUGUUUUACAAAGUCUGGAUAAGAACACAGUAUAACAGUAUUGAAUCACAGACAUUCAAUCAUAAAAAUCAAUAUAUUACAUAAGAUAGUUUAAUGAAUCAUUACAUUUAUAACAAAGGCCACAAUUUAAUUAAUCCAUAAGAUAAAAUGCAAAAAGAUAAAUGGUUGCCUUAUAUAUAUUCCCUUUAUUUCCUUCACCUUUUGUGUUUUCUUUGGGCCUAAACAUAGAAAAUAAUGCCGAUCUAUGUGAAGAAAAGGUCGGAUCUAUUGGAAAUGACAGUCCAAAUCUAGAGCCUACUCUUUAAAUGGUACCAGGCCCUGAUAUUUUGUGUAAAUAAAGCUUUUUAAAAAAAAAAAUAUUCAAAACUCAGUUGAUAUGCACUGCUGUUCAUAAGGUAAUCUUUUGAGUGAAUGCCCACUGUGCUGAUAAGUACUUACUCAAAACCUUUGCUGCCAGUUCUUCUUUGAAAAAUAUAUACUGUUAAAUAGAAUUAAAAUCCAUUGCAAUUCAUGUGUGAGUUAUCUUACAUAUCAGAAAGGCCAAAUAGAAUUAGUCAUUAUUCUUGAUGAAUGGGGUGUUUCUAAUCACAUCAGUCACGACAGUUACUCAGACCAAGGCAUUUCAACAGCAGCACUUUCCGAUGGGAACACCAUGCAGAACUCCGAGAAAGUUGGAGUUUGCUAAAUGAGAGAUAUGUCAGCUGAUCAAGGAUGAUAAGCUUGCUGUGUAUUAGAACACAAAGUACCAAAGAGGAAUGAGCCUGGAGAACAAACCAGUUCCUUUAAAUGAAAAAAUGCAAAUGUCCUUCACCAGUAAAACAAGCAGAUUUUUAAAUCUCUGUUUUUGAAAUCUGCUUGUCAAAGAGUCUUCAAAAGCAGCUGAAAAGAGAACAGAUUUUUCACUGUAAUCGUGGAAGUUGUGAGAUAGGAUAUAUCAACAUGCAUUUUUAAUCUUUUCCUUAGAUUAAAAAGAUGGCUUUUGGCAGUGUAUUUUAACUAGAGAGAAAGGAUUUUCACUACUCUCAAAAUCUACUUUACUGUCAGCUUCAAUCCACCUGAGAAAAAAGAAAAAAUUAAUAACUGAAAUGCAUAUAAUUCAUAGAUGUUACGAAGGGGAGCCUCUUUGUUUCUGCAGUCCUGACAUUCAGGCUGCCACGAAUGCAGUUACAGUAUUGAUUGGCAUAUGUUAAUAAAGCAGCUAUCGCCUUAACUUUCAUACAUGUGAUGUGGAGGGCAUUUUAACCUAAGAAGAUGUGAUUUUCUGGAUAGCUUAAAGAGAAAUCAUUUACGUUAUUUUGCUACUCCAUAUAUUUUCAUCAUCCAAAAUACACUUCAAUCCAAAAUAAAUCAAAUGAUAUAUGCAUGUGUGUGUGUGUGUGUGUGGACAUAGAUCUUUUUAAAUUUUUGA